UCUCCCUCACCCUCACCUCACCCCUGCCCCUUCACCUGUGUGUGCUCGUUCUUGAGACUUGGAGAGAAGAUGUAAAUGGUGGAACAGAUGAAAUUCUUCCUGUGCCCUGACUUUCGUUUGCUCUGUCAGGGAGAUACUUCUUGGCCCUCCCAGGCCGGACCCCGUGGCUUGUGACUGCUGCUGGCAGACUAUUUGGGCAGAAAGACUCCUGCCUCAUCAGACACACACGGCCCCUGCUAGUGCUGCGUGAUGGGUGUGAGAGGUCUGCAGGGGUUUGUGGGCAGCACGUGCCCACAUAUAUGCACAGUGGUGAACUUCAGAGAGCUGGCAGAGCACCACCGGAGCAGGCACCCUGGCUGCCCCCCGACCAUCGUGGUGGAUGCCAUGUGCUGUCUCCGGUACUGGUACACGCCUGAGUCCUGGGUCUGUGGUGGCCAGUGGAGAGAAUACUACUCUGCCCUGCGGGAGUUUGUGAGGACCUUCACAGCUGUCGGCAUCAAGCUGAUAUUCUUCUUUGAUGGCAUGGUAGAGCAAGAUAAGAGAGAGGAAUGGGUGAAGCGGAGACUCAAGAACAAUAGGGAGAUAGCUCGGAUUUUCCAUUACAUCAGGUCACACAGGCAGCAGCCAGGCAGAAAUAUGUUCUUCAUACCCUCGGGACUGGCCAUAUUCACACGGUUCGCUUUGAAGUCUCUGGGUCAGGAAACGCUUUGCUCGCUGCAGGAGGCCGACUAUGAGGUGGCUUCCUACGGCCUCCAGAACAACUGCCUGGGCAUUCUCGGGGAGGAUACUGACUACUUGAUCUAUGACACCUGCCCCUACUUUUCCAUCAGCGAGCUGUCCCUGGACACUCUGGAGACAGUCAUGCUCUGCAGAGACAAGCUCUGUGAGAGCCUGGCCCUGCGCCGGACCGACCUUCCUCUGCUGGCCUGCUUGCUCGGCAAUGACAUCGUCCCUGAAGGCGUUUUCGAGAGCUUCCGUUACAAAUGCCUGUCUUCCUACACGGCGGUCCGUGAGAACGUCGACCGCAGAGGCAGUGUCAUCUUGGCUGUGGCAGACCACAUCGCUCAAGUUCUUCGUCUGCACCAGGGAGAGAAAAAGCUAGAAGAGAUGCUACCAUUGGGACAGAACAAAGCUCUUUUUUAUAAGGGACUGGCAUCUUAUCUUUUGCCGGGGCAGGAAUCUCCAUGGCUUUUCCAAAAAUCCGAAGAUGUGAUAACUUUGAACAAAGAGGUAGUGCCCACGUACACACACCCUGAGUCCAGCAGGCAGGAAAGCUCUGAGGGCCACCAGCAAGAAGUGCCCGAAUGCAGGCAGGGUUCCUUGGGAGCAGUUUUUGAACCCCAGCAAGAAGUUUCUCUGCCUGUGUACUCUGAAUCCAAGCAAAAAUCACCUUUAGAUACAGAACCUGAGUUUGGGCUAGAAGCUGAAAUGAAACAUGAAGACCUUGUGAAUAUGGAGCCUGAGACCCAGCCCCAAGUCACCAUGGUGUCAGACCCUGAAAUCUUAAUGGUGGCCCGAGCCCGGCACGUGCAGGCGGAGAGCUACCUGGUGUACAGCGUCAUGACCAGCGGAGAGGUCGAGUGCAGCAGCACCCUGGAGGACGCCCUGGACCAGGCGCUGCCCAGCCAGGCCUUCGUGUACCGCCCCGUGCGGCAGCGCGUGUACUCCCUGCUCCUGGGCCACAGCGUGGAUGGCACUGAUGUCUGCCCUACCGUCAAGGAGUGGUUUGUGUACGCUGGGAACCCCCUGCAGCAGCCGGACCUCGUCAGGCCACUGCAACUGAACAUGCCAGGAGGAACACCCAGUUUGAAACGCUUGUGGCUGAACCAAGAGCCCGAAGUACAAGCCCAGCGCUUGGAUGCUCUGCUGGCCUGUUUUGACCUAUCAUCCGCCAGAGAAGAGCUGCAGGAGGUGGAAGACCCCUUUAAAGCACUCUGCUGCCUCUUGACCUACCUGUUUGUGCAGGUGGACACCCUGUGCAUGGAGGACCUCCACACGUUCAUUGCCCAAGCCCUGUGUCUCCAAGGGAAGCCCACCGUGCAGCUCAUGGACUUGGAGCUUGACUACAUCGACUCCAGAGCUGUGCAGCUUGGCUCGCUGUUUGUCCGCGGCCUCACCACCCUGGUGCUGGUCAACAGCGCCUGUGGCUUUCCCUGGAGCAUGAGCGACUUCAUGCCCUGGAACGUGUUUGACGGGAAGCUCUUCCACCAGAAGUACCUGCUGUCGGAGUCAGGGCACAGUGUGGAGGCUCUUGUGGAACAGAACAGGACACGGCUUGCCAGGUUCCAAGCCCUCAAGUCGGCCGUGUGCAAGGCCUGCAUGAAGGAAAACAGGCGCAUCACCAGCAGGCAGCCCUGGCGCUCACACCACACAGGGAGGUGGGAGCGAGAGGGCUCCAGUUCCCACAGGACAAGUUCUGGGCACAGCCGGUCUGGCCAAGGACAACACUGGAGAGACCAGGCAUCAGGAAGUCGAUCAUAUGAGCCUGACCAGUGGAGAAGAUAUUCCUCAUCGUCUGGGUGGUCCAACUGAUGCGUGCCAUAGGGGCAGCCAUUCUCGGUCAGCCAGUCAGUAUGUGUUACUCUGUAGUGCCAACAUAGACUAAGUACACACCGAGAUGGAAGGGUUCUUGGAGACAAGACUCCGAGCCCCUCACAGUCAGGAGCGGCGAUGGACAGCACCCAGCAUCCCCACACCCUUGGGCAGGAGGGCCUGGGAGUUUGCCCUGAGCAGCACCAACGUGUUUCACAUGCCAGCUCUGAGUUUUUGGACUCUGUGUGUCUCACUUGAGGGCAUUCCCGUUGGAAGGGGACCCACAGGUUCAUGUUACCAUUUGCUCCAACAAGGAAUUCAUCUAGACUACCCUGAUUCAAAGAAACGAGCCCAUAACGGUGCUCAGAACACUUGGACCUCUGGAAGCCAUCAGGAGCAGCCCACACCGGGACAGAAGGUCACACGCUUGCUCGUCGGGAAGGCCUGGCACCGGAAAGCCAAGUGGAGGCAGGCUGGCCCUGGUGGUGCCAGCGAUGCCCACUGUGCAGGCUGUUUAUCACCCUGAUUGAGUGUGACUUUGUUUCUAUUUCUCAUUUGGAUCAUUAUUCAACUUCUAACCCUAAAGAGAACCUCGAAGACGUCCUGUGCUCUGGCCACCUGGGACUGUCCUGCCCUAUUGUCCUGCCACCUCCUGCUUGGUGUCCCCUAAGCCCCAGGCUGUCGUCUUGCAGCUGAAAAGUUUGCUUCAGAUCUUGGUUUCUCCUUGUAAGCCGAGUCCUCACUCUGGAAAUGAAAGAAAAAGAAAGUGCUAGCUCCUGGGACUGUUAAAUAUAUGCAAACUGCAUCAGCUUCCUUCUGCUUAGGGCCCUUUCUCCAUGCAGCUUUUCACCCCAGAUGUCCUGUAAUGAAAAUAAAACGAUCCCAGUGUUCGAGCACAGCCCCCAGUGACUGAAGCAGCCCUUUCCUGUAAACCUGCGGUCCCUGGCCGUGCUUAGGAGGGCCGGGCACUGGGCAGGACGGGGAUACCGACAGGAGCAGAGUGCUGAUGUACUCAGAGCCAGGGGCGUGCCCCGCCCCGGCCAGCGGUGAGUCUUCACCCCGGUCCACUACUCCACAGCUUCCCAGGAGCAGGUGGCGGUGCUCGAGCUCUCCGAGGGUGAUAGCCUGUAUUGGUGAUGGAGAGCACCGGUCACUGCAGGCUCUUCACUCUCCUUGACAUAAUGUGUUUUUCAAGUCCUGCCUAUUUGGACUUAAUGUCUGGUUUCCUCCACUUUGAGAUGUGAGGUUCCUUCAGAACUCAGAAAGCAAAAUGGGUAAGUGGGCACCAGCAUUUCCUGACUGACUGUCAGCAGAGGGAGCUGACUGAGCAAGAGGCAGAGGACAGGGUGGGCUGUGGGAUGAUAUCUGGAUGGAAAGACUGUCACAGGGUGUCAGCCUGGCCUGCCCACCUCCCCGAGAAGAGAGGACCUUGGGGCUGCCCAGGGACUGCCUGCCUUUCUCACUUGGUGUGGUCUCUGUCUGUGCCCAGAGCUCCUGGUGCUCCGCCCGUGGGCCUCGCCAGAAACAAGCCUGACAGGGAGGGCCGCCACUGGCAGACCCUCCUCUCUCUCUGACUCCUGAGCACAGUGGUCUGUCCACACCCUACCCAGCGUCUCCCUGUCCAGGGCUCCUAUGUGCUGCUCCUUGUUACUCAUGCUCUGUUUUCCGGGGUCGGGAGGUGGGGGAGCAGGCUCCCUGUGUCCUGCUGCGCUGGCCUGCCCAGUUGGCAGUAAUUGUCCCUCCCUGCUCAUUUUCCCUAGCUCACAGACCUGAACUCACUGGGUGUCAGGUAAGAAUUACAGGGAACUAAAUUAAAAAAAAAAAAUGCACAGGACUAGCCUGGGGUGAGACAGCAAGAGGAUUAAGGAUUUGACUUGCGUGUGGUGACCUGGGUUUGAUCUCCAGCAUCCCAUACGGCCCCCCGAGCCCCCAGGAGUAACCCCUGAGCACAGCUGGGUGUGCCCUCCCCACAAAAUAAGCCUGGUCUCUACUCCUGAGAAUCCCCCAGAAACCCAAGGGUGCAGGGCCCUGAGAACUCACUGAUGGGCCAUGGCAGAGCCACUGCCCCACAUGCUGAGCCAGGGCCAGGGCUGCUCUGGCAUGGGACAGGAGCUUGUCAUCUACGGUGAGCGUGACAGGCCCUCGCUCCCAGAUGGGGUGAGCGUGCAUGGUGUGGCGUGUUUGUCACACCUUUGCCAACACUGCUCUUCUUCUAUGGGGCAACUCCAAACCCAGAGUCACUCUCGGGCUAUCGGUGCUGCUUCCUCCUCUGCUUUCUCUGGUCUGGGCUUUGGGUUCAGAUCCUUAAGUCGGUACAAAACGUCCUGAGCUAGACACCCCUUUGGCUGCUGAGAUGUGGAGAGAGCAGAUAAUUCUAGUCACGUAAGCCUUUCUGUGGGACCAGGUUCUUCCAGCUGCAGCCCUAACCCCAGUUCCCAGUGUGGGCUGCUGUGUGACCCCGGGAUGCUGAGGGACCCGCCCCCUGCGGCUGUGGUGACUCCAGCAGAGGUUCUGUGGAUCCUGGGCCACUGAGAACGUCAGGGUGGGCAGAGCCUACAGAGAAGCCUCUCUCGGGCUGGAGGGAUGGUCACUAGGCAGCAUCUCUGUGUCCUUCUGUCUCGCCACUUUGACUUUACCCUGAAGUAUGUACCCAGAGUUCAGAAACCCUCCUCUCCUUUGCUCUCGCUGGUAAUGGGCUGUUUCUGUGGAUUUCCUUGUAAUAACUUAGUGGUUUUUUUUCUGAACCUUUGUUUUUUUCUUUCGUAUUUUUUUCUUUCUGAGUCUUAAAGCUGAGUUAAUAGUUUUGUUGCUAGCACUGUGAUGUGGGCAUCACUCACUGCUCUUCAUAAACAUUUCCACAGCAUAAAACUAUGGGUUGAAUUUUGUGUGGAAUAAAUGUUAUAAAAAUUA